AUGGAGAAGGAUCUCCUACUGGAUAACAUGACCUUUUUGCAAGCAUAUGUUCCAGGUGCUUCCUUGAUCAUAUCGCGUACAUCAGUCUUCGGAAAUGAGUCGGAUAGUGACGUUGGCUCCUCCUUCAACGCUGCAAUCAAUGUGAUGCGUAAGCUUUCCAGCGGCAACGCUCAAGCGGCGCGCUAUUACAGUAUCCUCAGCAGUUUGCAGCGAGACAUGGACGCAUGGCAGAAUCGAACAGCGAGGGAGAAGCGUCGGUCACCUCUACGUCCAGUCACCGACCUUUUGCAGCCUCUCAACCGGUUGCCAGACACAGAUACUGGCGGCAUCGGGUUUAACCAACAUGAUUUCGACGUUCUAGCAAUAGAUUGGGAGCAAGCUUUCAUAGCGGGAGACGACUUGUGGUCAACCGCCCUUCCGUAG